CUGGCGAAGCUGUCUUCAGUGGGGAGCAUCUCUGAGGAGGAGACCUGCGAGAAGCUGAAGGGCUUGAUCCAGCGCCAGGUGCAGAUGUGCAAGAGGAACCUGGAGGUGAUGGACUCGGUGCGGCGCGGCGCCCAGCUGGCCAUCGAGGAGUGCCAGUACCAGUUCCGCAACCGCCGCUGGAACUGCUCCACGCUGGACACGCUGCCCGUCUUCGGAAAGGUCGUGACGCAAGGGACACGGGAGGCAGCGUUCGUCUACGCCAUCUCUUCGGCGGGGGUGGCCUUCGCAGUGACCCGAGCCUGCAGCAGCGGCGAGCUGGACAAGUGUGGAUGUGACCGCACAGUGCAAGGGGGCAGCCCGCAGGGCUUCCAGUGGUCGGGCUGCUCUGAUAACAUCGCCUACGGCGUGGCCUUCUCACAGUCCUUCGUCGACGUCCGGGAGAGGAGCAAAGGGGCCUCUUCCAACAGAGCAUUAAUGAACCUCCAUAACAACGAGGCGGGGAGGAAGGCGAUCCUGAACAACAUGCGGGUGGAGUGCAAGUGUCAUGGCGUGUCGGGCUCGUGCGAGUUCAAGACGUGCUGGAAAGCCAUGCCCCCCUUCCGCAAAGUGGGCAACGUGCUGAAGGAGAAAUUUGAUGGCGCCACAGAGGUCGAGCAGAGCGAAAUCGGCUCCACCAAGGUGCUGGUGCCGAAAAACUCCCAGUUCAAACCGCACACGGACGAGGACCUCGUCUACCUGGACUCCAGUCCUGACUUCUGUGACCACGACCUCAAGAAUGGGGUGCUGGGCACCAGUGGCCGGCAGUGCAACAAGACCUCCAAGGCCAUUGAUGGCUGCGAGCUCAUGUGCUGUGGCAGGGGCUUUCAUACGGACGAGGUGGAGGUGGUGGAAAGGUGCAGCUGCAAGUUUCACUGGUGCUGCUCCGUGAAGUGCAAACCCUGCCAUCGGGUGGUGGAAAUCCAUACGUGCCGGUGAUGCACAGAGGGGAGCAGCCGUCCGUCCCCCCUCUCUAACUGACUCUGCUUCUCCCUCACCCCGUGGUCAGGACUGGAGGAAGUGACCCAGACACUGCAGGGAGAGGGCAGCUCUUUUCAGAGACAGAGCCCCAGAGGAAAACAGAUU